AUGAGUAUCUAUCGUGUUAACGGAUUCCGCACGUUCCGCGAAUUCCACGAUGUCGAGAGCGACGGGAACUGUGCUAGUCAUCGCGAACCUGCUCGAGUUGUUAGCGAUUCUGCAAAAACGGUAUUGCUAACUAAGCUACUUAAUGAUAUAUUCAUGUUUUCGGACCACGCGUUCGGUAUUGGCUAUGAUCUCAUGUUGGUCCAUGUCGUAGUAACAGCUGAGGAGGAGAAAGUUCGAGAUGCCGCCGGCUAUCAGGCUAUUGCGGAAAUUCAUCGAGAAAUGGACGAUGAUCAUUCAGGAUCGAUCGAUAGGAAGGAAACUACGGGU